AUGCCUUCAGAGAGAACUAGUUUAAGUAAGAAUUCUCAAAUAAUGCAAACUAUGAUCAAAACCAAGAAGCACCUCGCAAGACCCAAUUCCAUGUUACUGAAAGAUUACCUGAUGAGGGACGACCUGAGCUCCUGCUCAUCCAACGGUUUUAAAUCGUUGCCGCGCAGACAAUGCUGCAGCACGGCCGUUGGAUUCCUUGUGGCGGAGAAAGAUCUCAAACGCCACAACAGGAGGAGGAGGAGGUCGAGGAGGAACAGCACUACCACACUCUUACCUCCUCGUUCUUCUUCUUCUUCUUCUUUGUCGGUUCUGCAGAGAGCUUCGGAAGUUGUAAUCAAGGCCAUCAAGUCACUGCCACACAAGAGUACCAGAUCCAGGAAAGACGGUUCUGGAAGCGUUUUUUCUAGAAGCUUCUCGAGGAAGCUGCUGAGUAGAAGCUUCUGGAGGAAAGCGGCAGCGAAGGACGAGGAAGGAGGAAGAACUCAGAGAUGGAUAAGGACUUCAUUCCGCGAGUUGCUUAUGCAGGAUCCGGAUAAAACGGCGUCGUUGAACGAGGAUAGCGUGUCCACUACAAAUGCCGCAGCUACCACCACCACUACUUCUUCUUCUUCUUCUUCUUCUUCUUCUUCUUCUUCUUCUUCUUCAGGUUGUGGCAGUAACAGUAGCUGGGGAGAGAGCGAGUUCACAUUUUCGUCUUCAAGCGCUGCUUCUUCUUCUUCCGCUGAAAACGACGUCGCUCAGGCUACGAAAGAACCCCUUCCGCCCACUGGCAAGAUACACCAGGAGAGAACAACGGAUUGGGCAAACGAGGAGAAAGAACAAUCAAGUCCUGUAUCUGUACUAGAUUGCCCCUUCGAAGAUGACAACCAAGGAAGCGAACAGAAGCACAUGCAAGAGAAGAGAAGGCACUUUAAAGGCAUGGCUUCAGUGAAGCCAGUGUCCCUGGAGAAAUUGAUGUCAAUGUCAGAACUGGACGAUGAUCAUGAACAUUAUUGUUCAGUAGUAUCGGGACCAAUUAAGCAUGAUGACAAUACCAAAAAAGAUGGCAACAGAGUAGAGGAGAGUGCGCGAAACCUUCUCAACUUCUUAUUGGUUAAAACAUCACCCAACUGUUUGAUAGUUAAAGCAGAGAACCUGUUGUUUGAUUACUUCAAACAAAGUAUUAUCAUCGGAGAAAACAACAACAAUAAUGAUUAUUUAUCAUCGUCAAAGGAGCUUGAGAUUUGCAAGGUGGCCGAGGAUUGGGUUCGUGGGAAUCCACAAGAGUUAUAUUUGGGUUGGGAAGUGAAUAAAGGAAGAGAAAUGUACAUUAGAGAAAUGGAAAAAUGUUUAGAGUGGAGAAAUUAUGACAGACAACAAGUGCAACAUUUGGCCAUUGAGCUUGAAACCGAGGUCUUCACUACUUUAGUUAACGAGCUCCUACUUGAUCUGUGGAUUUGCUAGCUAGCUAGCUAGUUACUUCAAUUAUGAAGAGUUAUAAUGUUUCUGAUAAUCUUUUCUUUUUUCUAAUUCAUGUUUGUAUUCAUCUCUUCCCUUUCUCGGGGAUAGGAUACAU